AUGCGCCGAUUGAUUGAUGUAACACAUUGUUUGGCAAAAAGUGGGAAACCUUUUAGAGGUCAUCAUGAGAAUAUGUCUGCUGUAUCUAAAGGAUUAUUUUUGGAUUUUAUAGAUGUUUUGAAAAAAUAUGAUAAUGUAUUGGCAAAUCAUUUAGAAAAAGGUGCUCUUAAUGCAAAAUAUUUAAGCAACCUAUCUAUCAUGGCUGAUGAGACUUUAGAUGUAGGGCAUCAUGAACAAAUGUCAGUGAUAAUACGAUACUUUGAUGAAGAAAAGUGCCAACCAAUGGAACAUUUCAUUGGCCUCCGGCGUCUACUUUCUGUUACUUCUGAAGCUAUAUUCAAUAGCUUAUCAAUCCAAAUCUCUAAUUUAAACAUUGAAUGGAAGUCAGUGAUAGCAGUUUGUUUUGACGAAGCAUCUGCAAUGUCAGGGAAAUUUAAUGGUGUACAAGCAAAAGUUAAAGAACUUAAUCCAAACAUCUCAUAUGUUCACUGUUAUGGGCAUUGUUUGAAUUUGGUAUUGGUUGAUUGUUUGGAGAUUUCUGAAACAACAACACAACCUGAUGUCAGAGUAAAAGCAAAUGGAAUAAUAUACCAAAUGAAAAGUUAUAACUUUAUCUUUGCGUUAUAUGUGAUGAAACCUCUUUUGGCUCAAAUUCAAAUAGUGAGUGCUAAAUUACAGACUCCCGAUUUAAAUUUGUUAUCUGCUGUAACAAUUGUUCAAGCAUUAAAGACAAGUUUAAUAAGUCUAAGAAGCGAUGAAGAUGAAUAUUCCAGACUGUAUAAUAAUGUGCUUGAUGUAUGUAAAGCAAAUCAGAUAGAAAUAUCUAAUGUUAAACAUAGAAAAUGUAUAGGUAUUGUAUAG